GGUGUGGAUGUGUUGGGAGGAGGCGGAUCUCCGGGGUGACAGGCGGCUCCUUCCUCCGUACAGCUCGCUGAUCAGUCGCUGGUAUGGUGAGUCUUCCUGCACUCCGGAGCGGAGACAGAGCCGGGCACAACCAUCUGCAGCCAGCCAGAGGGAGUAUGAGCUGAGCACCCCCCCCUCUCUCCUCCUGGAGCCCCCGAUCGUACUGUCCCCCCCCGACCGGGGAAGGGGGAAGAAGAUGGACCCUCCUGUGAAGGAUGUGAAGUGGAGCUCGGCCUCCUUCCCCCUGGAUCUCAUCGUCAGCUCCUACCGCCUGCCGCAACUGGUCCGGCUGGACUGCGGAGAGAACAUUGAAGGCCUUCGGGAGAAUGAUUAUCUCUUGAUACACUCAUGCCGGCAAUGGACAACGAUCACGGCUCACAGUUUGGAAGAAGGGCAUUAUGUCAUAGGCCCAAAGAUCGAGAUUCCUGUACACUUUGGAGGGCAAUUCAAGUUGCUUGAGCAAGACCGGGAUAUCAAGGAGCCAGUGCAGUAUUUCAACAGUGUGGAGGAAGUGGCUAAGGCAUUUCCUGAGCGGGUCUAUGUUAUGGAGGACAUAACAUUCAACGUCAAGGUUGCAUCAGGAGAGUCCAAUGAAGACACAGAGGUCUAUAACAUCACGCUGUGUACAGGAGAUGAGCUCACGUUAAUGGGCCAGGCUGAAAUUCUGUAUGCAAAAACAUCCAAGGAGAAAUCACGUCUGAAUACAAUUUUUAAGAAGAUUGGAAAAUUGAACUCUAUCAGCAAGUUAGGUAAAGGCAAAAUGCCUUGCCUAAUCUGUAUGAAUCAUAGAACUAAUGAAAGCAUCAGCCUUCCAUUCCAAUGUAAAGGAAGGUUUAGCACUCGCAGCCCUCUAGAGAUUCAAAUGCAAGAUGGGGAACACACAAUCCGCAACAUUGUAGAGAAAACACGACUGCCUGUGAAUGUGACUGUGCCUAGUCCACCUCCCCGUAACCCUUACGACCUUCAUUUCAUUCGGGAGGGACAUCGGUAUAAGUUUGUCAACAUUCAAACCAAGACUGUUGUUGUUUGUUGUGUGCUGCGUGGCAGCAAAAUCAUUCCCAUGCAUUUUCCCUUACAUUUGUCUGUCCCAAAGUUUAGCCUUCCUGAUAACGUAGCGAAAGGUGAAACAUGGCAAGAGUCUGUAGUUCAGCAUUGGUACCACAUAUGCCAAGAACAGUUCGACAUUGAGGAAUAUUCUCGGGCAGUGAGGGAUGUUAAAACAGACUGGAAUGAGGAAUGUAAGAGUCCAAAAAAGAGCUAUUGUUCUGGACAUAGUCACAUACCCAACUCGCUAAGCUAUGCCCGUGAUGAGCUGACCCAAUCUUUCCAUCGACUUUCUGUCUGUGUUUAUGGAAACAACUUGCAUGGAAACAGUGAAGUAAACCUGCAUGGCUGUCGGGACAUUUGUGGGGACUGGGCAGUGUACCCUCAAGAUUCCCCACAGUACCAGGACUCUGGUGACAGUGGAAGUGAUUACCUCUUCCCUGAAACUGGUGAGGAAUCUGUAAGUCUACCAGCCAAGCCAGAGCUUCCCUAUGAGGAGCUCUGGCUAGAAAUGGAAACCGUAAAACGAGGAGGACAGCCCCUCACCCGUUCACAAAGUGAAAAGAACAAAUGUGAUCCUUUUCGGGGGUCACUUCAUUCCAAGUGUGGCACAUCCUCUCUAUCAUCUCCCGGAGCUCUUCUGACCAGCAAGUGUUGUGAUAUACCCUUACCUCCACCUCCAGUGCCUCCCAAAUCAGAAGCUGUAAAAGAAGAAUGCAGACUUCUGAAUGCUCCACCUGUGCCUCCUCGCAGUUCCAAACCAUCGUCCCCCACCCCAUCUGUUCCACCGCCAACAGGAAAACUAGCGCGGCAGCAAACACGCUCUCCCAGUCCUACACUUUCCUACUAUUCCUCAGGGCUGCACAGCAUAGGUGUCGCAGAGAAGGAAGUAGCCAACUCUUCGGACAAUGCCCAGGUUUCGUGUUAUCCCUGUAAUUGGAUCAAGAAUGAGAAAAAUGACCUUGAAAACACCUUGCCUUGUGGGACAGCCCCAUCGGAAACCCUUCCUUCUCGCCUGUCCUGGCCAAACCGUUAUUGUGGUGGGACUGAAGGCAUGAACACAAACGACUUGCUCACAGAUCAGUGCCGCAGUUAUUACAGCUAUCCUCGACAAAAGACCCCAGCCACACCAAAGAGAAACUUUCCGUCCCCCUUUGAUUUUAGUGUGGGAGAUUCUUUAACUGGGUGUCCACAAGUGACACCGAAUGAAUUUACGGACAUCUCUGCAGGGUGCCCAAAGUCUGCAAGUUACUCGCUGGAAAGCUCUACUGAGAAGAUUCUACCUGAUAACAGCACAAAACAAAGUAUGUCCUGUCCAGCAUUACCCCCACGAGCAUCCAAGUCAAGUGAUGUUAACACCGUCCAAGAACCACUCUCCCUGUCUAUGAAAAUAGAUGGCGCAGAGGAAGAGUCCCAGACUUGCUCGCCAGAUGUUACGGAAGAACAUUAUUUGGCUAAAAAGGGCAUGCAGGAUAUUUUCUCUAUCUCAUACCCGUUCUCUUCUCCUCUCCACAUGCAACUAGCACCCAGGUCAUGUGGAGAUGGCUCUCCUUGGCAGCCACCCUCUGACCUUUCAGGACUGUCCAUUGAAGAGGUAUCAAAAUCACUUCGGUUUAUUGGUUUGUCAGAAGACGUUGUGUCCUUUUUUGUUUCCGAAAAGAUCGAUGGGAAUUUACUGGUCCAGUUAACGGAGGAGAUUCUUUCAGAAGACUUCAAAUUAAGCAAACUGCAGGUCAAAAAGAUAUUACAAUUUAUUAAUGGUUGGAGGCCUAAGAUGUAGACAAUAAAGUAUUACAAAUGGUACUGAACAAAGCUAUAAACGAGCUGGACUGUAAGGCCGAUACAUGUACAAUCUGAAAUUGUUAUUUUGCACUAAAAUAAUACUAUUGGCUGUAUAUAGUCCUACAAAAGAAGAAAAUCUUACUAUGCAGUGAAAGGUACGAGUUGUAGUUGUAUCACUUAGUACUGUACGUCAAUGCAAACAUUUAUGAAAACACUCACAGUGUGCCUUGCGCAUCACUGAACAUUCAGCCGCUGCUACAAACCAUUUUGAAAUGUUAAAGGGAAUUUUUAGUUAAUAAGCUUCAAUGUCUACAGAUGUAAUAUAUUGGUAGCCAAAUCUUACUAAUGUAGUUCUCUUUUUAUUGGAAACCGGUAAAGUAAACCCUUAUAAAAGGUUACGAAAGAGCACUUAAAUAUAUUCAGCUUUCGUAAAUAUAGAGAAAACGGUUCAUGUAUUUAGGGUUGGAAUAAAAUCCCAAUUUCAGUGCGUUUCCACGCUAGAAAGGUUUGUAGUCCUGUACCCCGAAGAUCUUGUUUUAUUCACUCUUCUGUAUACUUGAGGAACCAUGUGGUGAUACAGCAAGUAUGGAAGUAAGGGCUUAAUCCGUUAUUAACCAUAUGGAAUACUCCUUACUCUACACUACACACAUUUAAGACCUCUGUGUACCGUAUUGUAUGAUUAGACUUGAAACACUUUGCAGAAUUUUAUUAUUAUAUUAAUCGACACUUUAAUAUUUUUUCCCACUGCUUUCAAUGGAGACAAAAUGACCAUAAAAGCUGUUGGUAGUGUUUAUGCAAUUGAAAUGCCUCAAGGUGUGCUGCAUAGAUGAGGACCUGUUCACUUGUUUGGGCAUGGGUCUGACCAAUGUUUGUAGAAUGGUACUGCCCCCUGCAGUCUGCUACAGGUAUUGGCCAUCAUUGUGAUUUUUACUCUUAUUGACUUACUUGGUCCUUCUGAAGGAUAAUCAUGUUUUCAAAAGACCAUUUUUUUUUAAUUAUUAUUCCAAUUCACUUUUGAAGAAUUAACCCCUAUGUAGUGAAUUGUUGUUUUUAAAAUGAAGCUUCUUUUAAUUCCAAUUUUUCUGAAUAAAAUGCAAUGUGUAACUCCCAGAACAAAACCACUGCUUGAGAUACAAAGAACUCAGUGUGGUAAAGCUAUAGACGUUCAUAUACCAUGUUUUGUGUACAUAAAUGUGUAUAAUAUAUAAACUUAUUUUCACUCAA